GACAGUGCAACAGUAGUCUCCACUCCACAGCACUUCUACUGAGCUCCAGCACUGAGAGAAAGAGAGAGAGCAUCUGAGUAAGAAACAGUGAGGGAGUCAGCUCAACUGAUUGAGAAAGAAGGAGAUAUAAGAAGAUAUAAACAUCAAUAUACAUUUAGAAAGAAGAGACGGAUAGAGAGCUAUAGCAAGCCGCCUGUGGAGGAGCCAGGAGCCUGGGGAUGCAGAGGGAUUGCAGGAGGAGCUGCUGAAUGUAGCAGCAGUCCAGGCAGACAGACAACACACACACAUCCCAGGGAGGGACUGUUGGCUCUGCCUCUAGUGGAGGAUGAAGAAGCACUCGGCCAGAGUGGCUCCUCUCAGCUCCUACAGCUCCCAGGUCCUCACCUGCCCCAUCUCCGAAGGAGAGGAGGGUUCUGAGUCUCAUGCGGACACACCAGGCAGUGAGGCCAGUGGAGAGGGGACAUCGUACCAGACGUGUGCUAACACAGUGCUGAAGGUGCUGGGGGGCAUCCUAUUGGUCCUAUGUGUCUCCUCCUCUUGGGUGGGCACCACUCAGCUGGUCCAGCUCACCUUCAAGUCCUUCUCCUGUCCCUUCUUUGUCUCCUGGUUCAGCACCAACUGGAACAUCCUCCUCUUCCCUCUGUACUACGGAGGCCAUGUGGUCACCACCCGGGACAAGCAGACGCCUAUACAGAGAUUCAGAGAGUGCAGCAGGCUUUUCGGGGAAGAUGGGAUGACCCUUAAGCUGUUCCUGAAGAGGACAGCCCCCUUCUCCAUCCUGUGGACCCUGACUAACUACCUGUACCUGCUGGCCCUGAGGAAGCUGACCGCCACCGACGUCUCAGCCCUCUACUGCUGCCACAAGGCCUUCGUCUUCCUGCUGUCCUGGAUCGUCCUGAAGGACCGCUUCAUGGGUGUACGGAUUGUGGCAGCCAUAAUGGCCAUCACAGGCAUCGUCAUGAUGGCAUACGCAGAUGGUUUCCAUGGGGACUCCAUCAUAGGCGUGGCCUUGGCUGUGGGCUCUGCCUCCACAUCGGCUCUCUACAAGGUGCUGUUUAAGAUGUUCCUGGGCAGUGCCAACCUGGGUGAGGUGGCUCACUUCCUUUCCACCAUGGGCGUCUUCAAUCUUAUCUUCAUCUCCUUCAUCCCCCUCAUCCUCUACUUCACCAAAGUGGAGCACUGGGGCUCUCUGUCCUCGCUGCCCUGGGGAUACCUGUGUGGCCUGGCCGGGCUCUGGCUGGUGUUCAAUAUCCUGGUUAAUGUUGGUGUGGUGCUUACGUACCCCAUCCUCAUCUCUAUAGGGACACUGCUCAGUGUGCCCGGAAAUGCAGCGGUAGAUGUGUUGAAACAUGAGGUUAUCUUCAGUGUGGUGCGUCUGGCUGCCACCUGCAUCAUCUGCCUGGGCUUCCUGCUGCUGCUGCUUCCUGAGGAGUGGGACUCCGUCACUCUGCGCUUCCUCGCCGCCUUCGCAGACAAGAAGUCUGAGGAGCAUGGCGAGGAGCUGACCGAGUCCAGCAUCCACACACGCAGCCGCAGCCGAGCCAAUGGCACAGUCUCAAUCCCUAUGGCAUGAUCCCAUGAUCCUCCACUGCCCCAUCCCAUCACCAACCCCCAUCCUCGCACGUUUCUACAUGUCCCAUCAGGGAAGCGUGGCGAGAUUACUCUGGUGCUGACUACAGACCAGGAAGUCCAAAAUCAGGAGAACAGGAAGUGUAUCUAGGACUGAGAGAAACUAUCAAAGCUCUGUCACUUUCCCCAGGAACUACUGGGGAGUGAAAAGAGAACAUUUACUGCUGAGUUUGCUGAGCAGAAAGUUGGAAAGUGUUAUUUACUUUCUUGAACUCCUUGCCACGCCCAUUCUUGCCCGUCACACGCCCCUAGACCAGUGUUUCCCAACUCCGGUCCUCCAGUACCCCCAACAGUACAUAUUUGUGUUGUGGCCCCGGACAAGCACAUCUAAUCAUCUAGCCCUUGCCACGUUGAAUCAGUUGUUUUUGUCCGGGGCUUCAACAAAAAUGUGUGCUGUUGGGGGCACUGAAGGACCGGAGUUGUGAAACACUGCCCUAGACCAGGUAAACCCAACCUUGAACCUGCUCCACGGACUGUAUUCUGUGAAUAUAAAUAUUGAAAGGGCCAGUUUGGCUCAAUCUUAUAUGUAUUUAUUGAAUUUACUCAGAGGUGUAUCAAUAUAGUAUUUACAUUUUACUUCUUAUAUAGUAUUAUGUACAGGAAUGGGUUGGGAAAUACAGUUCCUUUAGAAAGUAUUCACACCCCUUGACUUUUUCCACAUUUUGUUGUGUUA